AUGGCCCAUCAAAUGAAAAUCAGAGCUUUCCCCGUGAGUAACAAACUUGAUACAUCUAUGGAUGACAAGUAUGUUCAGUCAUUAUUGGCAGUAGUGAUGGCCGCUAUUGAAAGCACCAUGAUCAAACAAUUUACUGGUUCGUGCGAGGAAGUAUAUAGGUCGGCCUAUUCCCUGGUCCUACAUAAUCGUGGAGAAUUGCUAUACAACGAGUUGCGAGAUGCCCUCACUCGACACGUGGUUAAUAGGGUUAGCCGUAAAGUGGCCACCGUUUCGGACAAUGAUUUGGUGGCCACAGUCACUCAACUAUGGGCUGACUAUGAUAUCUCGGUGCUAAUGGUGAGAGACAUGCUAAUGUACAUGGAGAGGGUAUAUAUAACACAAAAUAAUGUGCCCGGUGUACGCACUCUGGGGGCCAACCUAUUUCGCGAUCACGUCAUCCCUAACGACACCAUUGCCCGCCGUUUGACGGAAAGCCUACUGGAAAUGGUGGGCAGAGAGCGUGCGGGCGAACCCAUAGACCGGUCGGUCGUACGCGCGUCGUGUCAUAUGUUAACCCAAUUGGGAGUCGACUCGCGGGCCGUCUAUGAGGAGCUCUUCGAGCGGCCAUUCCUUCGCCGGUCCGCCGAAUACUAUCGACUCGAGAGUCGCUCUCUUUUGGCGCAAAACGACGCUUCCGUUUACGUGAAGAGAGUCGAGGAAGUGUACGACAACAUCAGGGAUGGCGUCAAGAAUCGGUUCACCUGUUAUUCGUGCGAAAUGGUGAUCGGCUUAACCAAACUGUCCGUAUAUUCCGUUACGGAACUCAAUUACCUGAUGGCCGGCAUAUGCGAGUCGUUCCGGAUAGAGGACAGGCGUGUAUGUGGGGGCCUAUCGGACCUGUUCUCCAACGAGAUAUACUACAUCAUACGGCACACCAACCUGUCCCGGAGCGAGGUCUGUGCCACCUUAAUAGGCGCUCAAUGCCUGUCCGAUCCCUGUGCCAAACGACUGGAAUGGGAGGUAAACCUGACGGACAGUAACCACACGUCUAUUAACACGGAAAGCACAGAAUAUUCUUACAAUACAUACGACAAUAAUAUUAGCAAAAGCGUGGGAAACGCGAAAGUACUGCACCUGUCGGACCUACACAUCGACCCCUACUAUACUACCGGAGCCGACAGCGACUGCGGCGAACCCCUGUGCUGCCGGCCGACCAGUGCUAAGGGGAAAGGGAGGGCCGGCUUUUGGGGCGACUAUAACGCCUGCGAUUCCCCUAAAUAUACGAUCGAAAAACUCAUGGCUUAUAUAAACACCACUAUUGCCGACGACUACGAGUACAUCAUAUGGACGGGCGAUAUAACGGCACACGACGUGUGGAACACCACACGGGAGACCAUAGUCAACGGCUCCCGUUCCCUGACAUCGCUGAUCACUAAAUACAUAUCCAACGGAAAGCUGGUGUUCCCGGUGGUGGGCAAUCACGAGGGACUGCCCGUCAAUCAGUUCCCACCGCCCGAAAUACAGGGUCCACUGUCUAACGCGUGGCUAUACCGGGAACUACUGGCCCAGUGGUCUCAGUGGAUACCCAACGGCUAUCACCAGACGUUCCUCCGGUACGGCUAUUACGCCAAUAAUGUGUCCAAACUGUUAAAAGUAGUGGUUUUGAACACCAAUGCAUGCGCUCGUAUCAACUUCUGGCUCAUGUUGAACCCAAAUGACCCUGGUGGUCAGCUACAGUGGUUGGUCAGGGAGCUGUUGGAGUCUCAACGUAGUGGACAGUCUGUCCAUAUUAUAGGCCACAUACCGCCCGACAAUACACAGUGUAUAUCGCAAUGGGUUCACAAUUAUUUACAGAUUGUUGAUAAGUACUCGCAAACUAUUAAGGGUCAGUUUUUUGGACACACCCACUUCGACGAGUUCCGGGUACUUUAUUCGCCCAGUAACCAGUCGGUGCCCAUCAGCGUGGCAUACCUGGCCCCUAGUGUCACACCCUAUGAGAGCGUGAACCCGGCGUUUAGGUUGUAUUCAAUCGAUUCUGCGGGCACUAUUCUGGACCACCAAAACUACUACCUGAACUUAACGGACGCCAACCUACACCCGGACAACUUGACUCCGCAGUACAUCAUCGGGUAUACGGCUAAACAGGCCUACAAUAUGUCGUCGCUAGCGCCGGCAGAUUGGCACCAGUUGUACGACAGUAUGAAAAGCGACGACCAGUUGUUUGAGUCGUAUUACAAUCAUUACCACAGAUAUAGCGACGCCUUCCCUAAGGAAUGUACGGCCGAUCUUAAGACACAAAUACUUAACGCCAUUCCCAUAUAUAAUCCGAUUGUAUGCAAAAAACCUAACGAUAGUAUGUUUACCUAUUUUUAAUGCCACUGUAUUAGUCGAC